AUGACGUUGGAUGUUUCACUCUACGGCAACGUGGAGUGUCUCUUUCUCUUUUCAGAGCCUAGCCUUCACCCCCCUAGCAUGAUCGGCCACACUGUCUCAGCAAUGUCAUGUCAUCAAGACGGCGCUUGGGAGGACAGCAUGUUCAAUCGAGCGUUAUCUGGCCUGCGAGGUGAGAAUACGUGGCGUCACUGGAAGCCAGGACUUGAUCAAUGCGAGGGAGUCUGGUGGUCGUAUCGUCAUAAUCUGACUCGCAGCAGGACUGGACGCCUCCAGUGGUGCAGACAACAUCAUGGGUUCCACGAUCCCUGGCGGUAUGACGUGAAGAAGCGUCCCAUAACCGAGGAGGCGCGUAUGCCUAGACAACCGUUAAGCAGGGUGUUCAGGUUCAGGUUCUCAAUAUUCUGUCUGUUCGGGUCUAGUCCAUGGGAUUCUCCCCCGCUUGCUCAAGAGCGCGAAAAACAUGUCAAGGGAGACAGCGUGUUUUACUUUCCGCCUUCAAUCUCCGCGUGGGAGAGCAGCAGCAGCAGCAGCAGCCAACUUAGUUGCCGGGGAUCGUUGCCUGGAUUGGACACACAGGCACAGGCUGCCAACUUCUUACGCGAGCAGUUUGUGUUGCGCCAUGAUCCACCUGGGGUGCCACCAACCGAACCUUCUGCUGAUGAAGAUUUUACAGGAGUGGGUCGCUGUGGGAUAUCAACACUCAGCCGAAGAAUAGCAGAAAGGGGAGGCUGGGAGGUAGUGCGAUAUUGUGCUCGGAAUGACUGCCUUUCACAUGUUGCUUCACCUAGGCGUUGUUGGAAUGAGAGAAAGAGAGGGUUUCCAGGGAGGAAGAUUGGCAAUGUUGGAGGAUAUACCAUACCAAACUCUUGGGACAGAGGAAGAGGACAAGAAGACUUGCUGAAUGGAGAAUGGAGCAUCUGGAGGACCUCAUCAUACCUCGCACAGCGCCAUUCCCGAUGCAGCCAUGGCACUAGCUUGUUCCGAACUCCUCCCAUCAGCCAAUCAUCGGUCUGCAUUUGCAAGGAUGAAUUCAUCGUCUCCAUCGCUUUUCCCAAAGUCUCGCUGCUUUCCCCGAUCCAAAAACUGCUUCCCCAGAAGAAGAAUGGGUCCUGGGUCCGCCAUAGCGCUGGAAGAACUUCUCCGGUUGAGAAUGGAGUAACUACUACUGUGAAGAGGAGACAGACAUCCUCUCUUUCGCAGUUUACUGGCACCGGAGAUGAUCAGUAG